UCAGCUACCGGAGCGGAGAGGUGUCAAGCAGCCGCACUGAGAUCCGCCGGAAACCAAUAAACCACCGCUGGUUUGGACUGUUUCUUCGCGUCUUUAAACAAGGAGGCGGAUUAAAGUGCUCAGUCCGACGCACAGAAAGAUGUCCUUCUGCUCGUUCUCCGGUGGGGAGGUCUUUAAAGACCAUUUUAAACCAGGGAGUUACGUGUGCUCCCAGUGUGACCACCAGCUGUUCUCCAGCCGCUCCAAGUACGAACACUCGUCCCCGUGGCCGGCCUUCACGGAGACCAUCCGCGAGGACAGCGUGUCCAAACACGAGGAGAGACCUGGAGCUUUCAAGGUGCACUGUGGGAAGUGUGGAAAUGGACUGGGCCACGAGUUUGUGAAUGACGGGCCGUCCAAAGGCGUGUCUCGCUUCUGAAUAUUCAGCAGCUCACUGAAGUUCAUCCCUAAAGAUAAGGUCGAUGGACAGUAAGGUGAGCUUUGGGAGAGACGUGCUGCUGGACUAGAGGAGUCUCUGUGCUGCUGACGGUGUGGACAGUCAGUGAAGGGUUCUGGGACAAAGCCCGGUCUGGGAGAACCAGAACUCUGAUGAGUGGUGACCUCACUGCACAGCAAGAACAGAGGACUGACCACGACAACGUGAUUAUGCAACAGACGCAGUAAACUCACUGAUCACACAAUCAUUAAUUCCUCAGAUUCACGCUGAACAAUUGGACGAAUAGACUUCCUGUGCUUCUGUCUGCUGCUCCUUGCUGGGUUUCCCGUUUUCAACCACCUUCCUGAAGCAAAACUGAAUCUAGCAACAUGUCAACCUUUCAAACAGAUUUCUCAGGAUGUUUUUUAACAACCUACGGCCACAAGCUGCAGUGUUUUGAUGUGCUUGAAGCUGAAAAUACGGAGCAAUAAAUAUGUGUUAGUUUCAUUAAAUUAAAACACGCUGAUGUAAUAUGCCGGGGAAUUAUAUUUAAAUGGAUGGCAAAGAAAUCUAAUAAAUAUAUUUUAAAUACAAAAAAUGUUAAUUUCUUUAAACACUUUGAUUAUUACUUGAUGUCUAUAAAAUUGUUCAUAUAUGUGAUAAAAAUGUCGUCAGACUUGUACACGAUGAAAUCAGUGGUGGGAGAAGGAAUCAGAUCCUGGAGUAAAACUACCAACAUGGCAAUGUAAUAAUACUACAAGUAAAAGUGCGCAGAUAUUUGCA